AUUAAUAAUUUAGUGCUCGCUAUAUUUUACCCCAGUAUCAAACACAAACCUUUCUUGGAUAUGAGCGUGGGAGUGGCCACGAGCUGCCCUAUGGACAGAGAAGGUGUGUUCACAGCUGAGUUUCAUCUGACAGCUAAAUCAGCACACUUCACCAGAAGUGAACCACUGCCAGGCCUUACACAAAACAACAUUCAUUUUGGAGUGCUUUCUGUCUUCAAAGGUUUAUGAUGGAGCCGGGGCUGAAAAUGACUGUGUUUUUUCUGGUAACUGUUCAUCUCAAGACAGAUGUGACACGGGCCAUGCAGGUGACAUCCACGGGUCCGCAGACCGUCCAGAAGGCCCAGGGUGAAAACCUCCUGAUCGGGUGCACCUACACCCCCGGGCUCCAAGAUACUGGGGAGCUGGACAUUGAAUGGUCCAACGUCAGCCCAGACAUGACGCAGAAAGACAAACUGAUCUUGGCCUACACCGGAGGGCGUAUACUCAACUAUGACCCCAGCCUCUCUGGCAGGCUCAGCUUCGUAGGCGACCCCAAGCGGGGGGACGCGUCCAUCUCCAUCACCGAUUUGAGGCUUUCUGACACGGCCACCUACCUGUGCAAAGUCAAAAAAGCGCCAGGUGUCGACAUGCGGAAAGUAACUCUUGUCGUUAUGGUUCCCCCGUCUGUGCCAAAAUGUUGGAUUGACGGCAAGGAGGAGAAAGGCAGUCCGGUCACUCUCCGCUGCAAAUCGUACCAGGGAUCCUCUCCUCUUACGUAUUCGUGGAGAAGAGAAAGCGGCGGUGCAAAACCACCUCUGGCCGUGCCUCUAAACACACAGAAUGGGGAGUAUUUGAUCAAGAACCAUUCAGACAGCUAUGCUGGAAGUUACGUGUGUGAGGCCAAAAACCCUGUUGGCAAAGCUCAGUGUAAACAGGCACUGCAGGCAUACAACCCCACCAAUCGAGUGGGCGUCAUAGUCGGGGCUGUGAUCGGUGCUCUCCUCCUCCUCCUCCUCCUCUUGCUGGCCAUCUGGCUCACGGUCUGCUGCUGCCUCAAGUUACGCUACGAGAAGGAGGUUGCCAAUGAAAUCAGGGAGGAUACCCGUGCCCCAGAGAGCCGCGCCUCCAGUAGGAACUCCAGUUACCGCUCAGUCCUGGGCUACCGCACCCACCAAGGGGUGUCCUACAGCUCGGUGGGGAACCGCCUGAUCAGUGUCAAUGAGUCCAAUGGCAGCCACCCCAGCAACAGUGACAAGGGGUCAAAACAAAGCGCUUCAGUGAGAAAGCCCCUUCCGCCACUCAAAUACGACCAUCGCUACGGUUACCCCGUGUAACUACAAUUUAUACACAAUGGACUUCUGGAAUGAAGCGUUAAAAAAAACAAAACUUUUUUAUUCAAAGUGUCAAAAAAUGUUUUUACUUUAAGUGUAGAUCUUGGAGAAACUGUUGCCUUGACAAAUGGUGCCAAGCAGCCUCUUAAACACAACCGUGAAGGCAUAUAUUUAAUAUGCAGAUACUUGCAGGACUUUUGAUAGAAUCGGACCUCAUCUAUUCGACUGGACGUCCUCCAUGAUGCACUGUCUAUGUUUUGUGUUCCCGUCAGUGUGGUAAACAUCUCAAUAUGAAGUGAAUGUAGCACAGAUUUAUGAAAGUUGUAAAUAACAAAUAGUUUGUAUUAUGCUUGAGUGCUUCCUUUUCCAUUGCCUAAAGCUAGUUCAGUGCAUUUUGAUCAAUAGGUAUAAGCACAAUAAAAUAAUGUUUUAACUAACAAGCUCAAGAGCGGAAUACUGUGCUGUCUAGAUCUCAUUUUUGGUUCCCUGACCUAUUCGCUCAGAGUUCCAAGUCGGAUAUAAUGAACCGUCAGAGAUGACACUUUACCCCUUUAAAAACAACCGAUUUGGGAGCGUCUGGGGCAAUGCAUUAGCAUGCAGAUGUCAUUCUGCUGUAAACAAAUUGCCAUCUAAAAUUCUGAUGAUGUGCAUAAACAAGGCCAGACAGUCGCUUUCCCCUGGCCUUGUAUUUGCCUUUUGGAAAAUUUCAUUUGCACAGCGGCGUGUUGCACCACUGUCUUGUUUGCGUUUGUUUUUUUGCACAGCAACCGGUCAACUACUUUUUAGUCUAAUGGCUAGUUUGGGCACACACCCUCAGGUUCCACCCGGUUAAGGCAGUCAGUACGUUGCUUACUGACCAUUUUCUCUUCAAAAGCUCUUCAUUUAGCCUCAUCACGUUUCUUUGUAUGUUGCAUUAAUAAUAGCUGCAGGAAGGAGGGCACACGAAGACCAUCAGUGACAAAUUCUGCCCUGGGACAGCUUUUAGACAGCCGUGGUGGAGGAAGAAUCUUUUACUUGAGUGAAAAUCCCAAGCCACUAAAAUAAUGCACGAAUAUGAGGACUAGUACUCUUCUAUGAAUGUACUGUAUAUCAUUACCGUAUGUAUACCUGCAUGUGCUGAAUAUACUGUACUGCUUUGCUGUAUAGACAAUGUUGUAUUGUACAGUAUUCAGCUAUAAAUGUUUUUGCCAUUGGAUUAAUAUAAUUAUACUAUCAUCAUAAUUUAGGGUUAUUAUUAUUAUUAAUAAUAAUAAUAAUUUAAAUAGAAUUUAAUCAAUUGAAAGCAUGUCCGAUUGUGUGAUAAUUGACUGCAGAUGCGUUGUGUUGUGUGCUGUAAAAUAAACAGCUGUAAACUA